UUUCGUAACAGGACAGAGGUUCAGCUAUGUUGCUAUUUAACGUAAUAGUAUACGUGUUUGUAUGCAGUAUUUGCAUCACCAUCUAUUUAGUUAUACAAUGUAGUCCAUGUACAUUUUUGUUUGUUUGGGAUAACACCUAGUAACUUUCUCACAACAGUUAAAGUCAUACAAAGGCUAGUGCAUUGGGAGAUCAUAGAAACGAAAGAAUAAGGAAGUGAAAAAUACAAAUCAGGAUCACAAAUGUUACAAUGGGGAUAGAGGACUUUUUCUUCUUCACUGACCACAAAGCUGAAGAAAAUAAAACGGUACUGUAUGAGCUGCACAUAUAUGUGGCUUAUUUUUGUCGCCUGUGUAAGAAACUUUAUUUUAACACGUAAUUUCCCCGUAAUGUAUCUACUUCAUGUCAAGUCUUACUCGUUGAUAGUCUUUUUGGGAUAGACGUUCGUGAGCAGACAGCUAUGUAUUCGUUCGGAAGGUCCGUAUGUCGCCGUCUGAUCUGUUAACAGUAGUUUAAUGUUUCCCUUUUUAGCUCGUUUACCUGUUACUCGUAGCGUUUGUGACCCACCUGCAUACCUUGCGGCAUCGGGUGUCACACUUUAAACUCACCGAAUAAAGGAUUUGCAAACAACAAAUACACAUAGCCCGAUUUAGGGUUUCCUGGAAAUCUAAACGAAAGUGAAAUUGCAUGAUUUAUGUACUAAGACUGAUCAACCUCUUUAAUUUACACUUGAUCAGCAGAUUUGUUUGAGGUUAAAGCUCGUAACGUUCUCACAACAGCUAAAGUCAUACAAAGAAUGCAGAAACCUGGUGUUCUUCUUCAAAACCAGUGCGAUGAAAGUUUAGAAUACGACACAAAUCAGUCUGGUGAUCACACCAAACCAGUGCCAAUACUGGAUAUUGAAGUAACGGACGAAACGUGUGUUGCUCAAAUAGAUCCAGGCUUCCUGCCGAACGAUGUAAUACUGGUAGUCGAAGAAAAAAAUCUUCAUGUAAACAAAGCCUUACUAGAAUCAGCUUCACCUGUUUUUGAGGCUUGGCUUAAGAAAGAGUGGCAACAAGACGAGUGCACUGACGACACUAAAAGGAAGCUGGAGUUCCCUGGGAAAACCUAUGAUGAGAUGGCCACAUUCCUAAAAUGUCUUCUGCCCUUUUUCCCUGACAAAGUUACAGAUAAAAAGCUGGACACAGUACUACCUUUAGCAGAUGAGUAUCGGACAGAAAACUUGAUCACAGAAUGUGUGGAAGUCAUCCGAAAGCACGUGGAGUCCGUCUUCGAGGCGGAUAUAUACAUACCGCCUUCUCGGGUCGUCACAUACCUACGCUGGAUCGAACAAUAUAAUCUCCACACGGGUAAAGAAUGUGUUGUGAGGUUAGCUUCGUACCUGGAAUCCGAAGAGCUACAGGCAGUUGCAGACUACGAAAAUGUCAGCCUAAGACUUCAACUGGAAGUAUCUAAUGCCAGAGCCAAACUACUUGAGAGUCUAUUUGUUUGCAGUGUAACAGAAGCUGAAAAAAAGAUGUACCAGUUCAAAAUCCCACACUCCUCUCAAUAUAUGGCUGAAUGGAAAAAUAAUUUAGGAGAAAUUGUUGAGAUGUUUCUGACAUCAACACCAUCCCAAAAAAUUGCUGCAAACCUUUCUGGACUUAGAUUAUGCCCAACAAAUUCAGCGCCUUUUAGCCUUUUAUCCGUGUCAGCGGAUAGCAACAUGAAGCCGCUAAUCUCACCAUCAAUUGUUGCCGCCUUUGCAUGCAUAUCUAUUUGUGAUCGGUUUAAGUUCUCAGAAAGCUAUGCAAAAAGCAUAACCAGAUUAACGUCACUAAACAUAUCCAAGUCAGAAGUCAAACAACUUUGGGCAGCACAUUAUUCGACCGACAGUGAUAAAGUACGUGAUGGCAUAGAACGACAUGUGCUUCAGAUGUGCAAAUGCAUUUGAAAGUAUGCAGUUUUUGAUACGGAUU